CGUCAUUAGUAAAGUUUAGCUCAUUGCAGUUCAUCAUGUCUUCAACUGGCCAGUACAGUGAAAACCUUGAGAGUGCGCUAACUUACGCCGACCUGUUGCUGACAGAGCCUGUUUCGCCGCCACCGUAUAGUGCGUCUGGGCUUGCUGCUGAGAACGUGGGUGGAAACUGCAGUUUUCAAACUGGAGGAAACCCUAAAUCCUCCAAUUACCAUGUGGAAAACAACUUUGUGUAUCUGCAUCUACAACGGCAAAACGACCGGCAAUCAAAUUUUGCAUGGUCGUCCCAAGAGCCUCAAGUUACUUUCAAGGAGAAACCUCUCUUGGGUGUCCGCAUUCCCUAUGAAUGCACUGACAGCCAGAAGAGAUCGACAGAUACAGAAAAUGGUCCAACACCAGGUCCGAGCAGUGCAAGGCCUAAUUCAAGUGGAACCCAAAAGCCGAAGCGGGUCCGAACAGCUUAUUCCGCGCACCAGAUUGUACGACUGGAGAAGGAAUUCUGCACGGAUAAGUAUUUGUGCCGACGCCGACGCAUCGAAAUGGCAGUAGAAUUGAAUAUGACAGAACGCCAAGUCAAAGUCUGGUUCCAGAACCGGAGGCUGAAGUUCAAAAAGGAAGAGGAACAACGAGCGUCAUCUCCUUCAUCCACUAAUAGUCAAACCAAAUCGCGAAUCCAAACGGUGAGGCCUAAACACCAUUCGGUGACUAAGAGGCAGGUUGGCCACGACAUAUGCAUGACUGAAGCGAUACCGAAAAACCAGUCGGAAGAUAACGCUUCGUGUAUCCAACAUCAAAGUUCACAGAAUACACUCGACUACCACCCUGUGCAGUUCAGACAGAAUAAGCCAUGGUAUCAACUUUACCUCAACACUGAUUGGGCCGAUGCAUAUUUGUUUAAUAUACACGUAGAUGCCUCUAACAGUCUACCUAGUUUGUAAGUUUGUAUCUACUUUAAUGUCUGUAUAAAAAUGUGUCUAACUUUGUGAAUGC